AAUACAUACCAGAGCUUGAACAGAUAAGGUAGAACUAUGAAGACGAUAUCUCAGAUGUGUAUGGAGGCUACGAAUCACCGUAACAAUUAUUAGAAGUGGUGGCUGCCGGGAGUAUGAGGAAGUUGGAGUGGAGGACUGACUACCGAGGAUCACAAAGACAGUAAGUAAUGGGGACUGAGACUCAGAAGGUACCGUGCGUUGGCGAAUAUAGUGAAUGGAAAUUCAGAACUGUCAAAAUUUACAUACAAUAGAUGGCGUGGCUAACAGAGGAAAAAGUGCAGAUGGUGGGGGAUAAUAUGGUACUACUGAUUGUGCCACUGAGGGAAUGCAGUCGCGGCCAGGAUAUCUGAAGGAACUUCUUCCAGAUUCAGCUCCUAACCGACCUGAUACUUUGGAUGCCCUUUUUGACGAUAUUCGUGAGAAGAUAAUACCUGGAGUAACUCAUUGGCAAAGUCCAAGUUAUUUUGCAUACUAUCCCUCAAAUAGCAGCACUGCUGGAUUCCUGGGGGAGAUGCUUAGUGCUGCCUUUAACAUCGUUGGCUUCAGUUGGAUAACCUCUCCUGCUGCAACUGAGCUAGAGGUUAUAGUCUUAGACUGGUUUGCAAAAAUGCUUAAGCUUCCAAGCCAAUUUCUGUCAGAUGCGCCUGGUGGAGGAGUAAUCCAGGGUACUGCCAGUGAAGCAGUUCUUGUUGUACUAUUGGCUGCACGAGAUAGAACUUUAAAGAAGCAUGGGAAAAAGUCCCUUGAAAAGUUAGUAGUUUAUGCAUCUGAUCAGACACAUUCUGCUCUGCAAAAGGCAUGCCAGAUUGCAGGAAUUUUCCCAGAGAACUUCAGAGUUGUCAAAGCUGACUGUAGUAAGAACUAUGCUGUUGCACCUGAAGCAGUGACAGAGGCCAUUUCCAUUGACUUGUCAUCUGGUUUGAUACCAUUCUUCAUCUGUGCAACAGUAGGCACAACAUCUUCAUCGGCCGUGGACCCCUUGCCUGAACUAGGAAACAUAGCACAGGGCCAUGACAUGUGGUUCCACAUUGAUGCUGCAUAUGCUGGAAGUGCUUGUAUAUGCCCAGAGUAUCGACAUCACCUUGAUGGAGUGGAAAAAGCUGAUUCAUUCAAUAUGAAUGCACACAAAUGGUUCCUCACAAACUUCGACUGUUCUUUGCUAUGGGUUAAGGACAGGAGUUAUCUUGUGGAAGCAUUGUCUACAAAUCCAGAGUUUCUUAAGAAUAAGGCUUCCCAAGCAAAUUCUGUUGUUGAUUUCAAGGAUUGGCAAAUUCCACUUGGUCGUCGUUUUAGAUCACUCAAGCUAUGGAUGGUCUCGAGGCUUUAUGGCGUGGAAAAUCUGCAGAGUUAUAUCAGAAAGCACAUACAGUUGGCUGAACAUUUUGAACAACUUGUACUAUCUGACUCAAGAUUUGAGGUUGUGACUCCGAGACUUUUUUCCCUUGUUUGUUUCCGCCUUCUGCCCCCAACUUCUGAGGAUGAGGGUGGUCGUCAACUUAACUAUGACCUAAUGGAUGCCGCUAACUCAAGUGGGAAGAUCUUCAUCUCACAUACGGUUCUUGCUGGCAAGUUUGUCUUGAGAUUUGCGGUUGGAGCACCGCUGACAGAGGAGCAACAUGUGGAUGCCGCUUGGAAGCUCUUGCAAGAUGAGGCCACCAAGCUCUCAGGAAGUGCGUAGGUUACUAUAAUGGCAAUUGUUCAUUGAUUAAGCUGCAGUGUUCAGGCCUAUUAUCAUGAUAAGCUUUCACAGCUGCUCAUACAAACAGUUUUUGAAAGAAACUUGGACAGUUGAAAUACGAAACUACUAUAUCCAUACGAUCUUUCCUCGUCA